AUGUCACUGCCAUCCCUCACCCUCCGCCGCACUUCCUCCAUUACCUCCAAUACCCUCCCCAUAAACUCCACCCUCACUCACCAAAUUCGACACGCCACUCUCCUAAAACGUCCUAUUCGACCAUAUACUUUCACACAACUCGUUACCCUAUCCGACGGCUCAACCUACCUCACUCGAUCCACAUCUCCAGCGCCCAUUUACCGCAGCACAAAGGAUACACGAAAUCAUCCUCUAUGGCAGCCCUCUUUAGAUUCAUUAAGGAAUGUUGAGAAUGAUGAAGCAGGACGUUUGAGUGCAUUCAGAGAGAGGUUCGGAAGGGGAUGGGAUGGAGAGGUAGAGAAGGCAGAUGGAGAGGAGAAAUUGGCAAAGGAUGCAGACAAUGCGAAGGCUGACGAAGGGGUAGAGAGCAAGAAGGGAGAUUCAAUGGAUAGUUUGAUGGAUUUGAUUAGUGGAGGAGCUCAGAGGGAUAGUGCUAGUAUGAAGGGAACUGUUAGGACGAAGAGUGGAAAGGAGAAGAAAUAA